UCCGCUUCCCAUGUUUCCAAAUGGAAUGAUCACAUACUCUUCGGGGCCUCUCCUAACUUUCCCCGUGGGUACCGAGGCUGUUUAUCAGUGCAAUGCACCCGAGGGUUAUUGUCUCCCAGCUGGUGCUACGUUGAGGGAGUGUCAGCCUUCAGGCACAUGGUCUGGAGCUGCACCAGAGCCGUGUGGAAGAAUUACCUGUGAGAUCCUGGAGAUAAUAAAUGGAGAGGUAGUUUAUUCUGAUGAACCCCAAAUACAAGAUGGUACCACGGCUAAUCAAACGUGCCGAGAAGGAUUUGUACUAACAGGAUCAAGAGUUCGGACAUGUAUUGGCGUUUCUCAAACACCUGUCAUUUGUGGAGAAUUCAUGGGAAAUUGGACUGGAUCAGCUGGGAUGUGCGUUGGUGAUUUUGUGAUUGUGAAUGAUACGGCUAUUGGAGAUCCCCUUAUGACUGUACCUCUCAACAUUGCUGACAAGACAUCUUUCUUUGAAGCCAGCAUCAACAAUAAUAUAGGCCCCAACGAUAUCAUAAAUCUAUGCUAUGAGCUUCACGGUCGCAGAGAUGCUUUCGUUAACCUUGUGAGUGAUGAAUGCAUUAGCGUGAAUGCACAUUACGAGCUAGUACAACCCAACGAACCACGAGAAGACAUAAAUAUCAUCGAUAAUAUUCACGUGCGAGCCACAGAUAAUGUAGGAGGGUGUAGGAACAUUGGAGUUGCCCUGAACGAAGGUGGUGUGUGCACUGCAAGUGUUGAUGGAGCAAAUAUUGCUGAUAUGUAUCAGGCAAAUGGGAUCAGCAUUCGAAGGUAUACUAAUCGCGUUCGUAUCAUGGUCCCAAAUUGCGAAGAUGUCAAUCUGGUGAUGUGGGUAUUCUGUCGUCAGAGUACAUUCUGGAGCACAUUCCGUACUGACAACAAUGGAGCAGAGCUGACGUUUCAAGCUGACAUGAUUAAGUUCGUGAUAGCAAGAGGUUUUAAUCUACGAGAAUCAUCACACGGAAUAAUUGGCCAGUUUUGGAACAUCCCAAUCCUCGUGGAGCCAUUCACAGGUUCCAUUCGAUCAUCCGCAUCCACUGACAAUCUUUACCAAGUUACGAUUCAACAUCCCAAUGAGAGGCGCGAAUUCACUGCUUGGCUGUACCGUCUCACCUGGGAAUACCGACAGGAAUAUUGCCUCUAUGCUGGGAAUCAACAAGCUGGGUCCGUGCACGAGGUUGUUAGUCCUAACGACCCUGUGAUUGAGGGCACGUAUGCAGACUAUAUCGUGGACACAGCCUAUGGUACUGAUUUUGCUUUUACUCACUUUAACGAGGGAAGAUGCAACUCCGUGGUUACUGGGUCCGGUGAGAGUGUUACUUUGAACUAACACAACUAACAGUUAAUGUAUAGUGUAGAUAUAAAGAUACUUUAUCCUACUAUUAUACUAACUCUAAUAAUUAGUAGCU